AUCCUCCCAACUUGGCCUCCCAAAGUGCUAAGAUUACAGGUGUGAGCCACUGCCCCUGGCCCUAAACCCCUAGUUUAUCCUUAAUGUUCUUCUCUCUAUUCUUACACUAAUUCCAUUUUCUUUCCUUUCUUUUUAAAAAGAGCUCUGGGAAGUCAGGAGGAUCAAUGUGUUAAAAUAUCGAGUUCAGACCAGUUAGAUUUGCUAUUGUUGGGAAUUUAUGCCUGGCAUUGAUUUAUUGAUGGACAGCCGAGGGUUUGCUCACAAGAGUGGAGGUGGGGUAGGAAGGAGAUGAGUUUGCUGGAAGGGAGAGAAUCCCCUAGACAAUUCAGCCAGAGCUUGCUUUCUCCCCAGACCUACAGGGGACAAUGACAGUGAGCUCUGUUUCCUAAAUAAUGGAUCAAUCUUCCUGACUCAACUCAGAGUUCUAUAGGGAGUCUUCACCUAAAUCAGGUUAAUUUGGGGGUAAGUUUUCAGGUUAGUAACAUGUUGAAUAUAUAAGAGCUUAUAAUAGCAUUAAUUGAGUAAGAUAAAAGUCAUAAAUAGUAGUUUGAUAACAAUAAAGUUAAAGAGGAUUGUUUUCUUUAUCACUGGAGUCCAGUUGCAUUCGAGAAAGUCAUUUUCUCUUUAUAGGAGAUGCAGGUUGAUUGACGUCUAGGUCUAUGGAGAAGGGGGAAUGUGGAAAAGCAAAAAAUACGCAAACAUUUUGGUUGGCUUUACAUUGUAUUUUAUGUCAGAAUCAUGUAUAUAUAUUCUCUGUACUACUUGCCUCUGUGGGGCAGGGACUGGAGAUGGGGUGAGCAUUACUCAAUCAAACCCAAGCCCUCAUCACCAUGUGCUACUGCACCCAUGAAAGUACACAGAGAUUUUAAAGGGGAAGCAAACAUUGGUUGGGAGGAGAAAAUAUCACAGCAGAAAACGUUCUAGAAUACAUUAGCAUUUUUCCUGGGGUCAUGUGUUUUUUAAGAGGUGGAGCAGAAAACGUCUUCAAUGGGCACUUCUUUAAAACUCCAAAACAUUUCAAAGAUGUUUUAAUACAUGUUGGAUACUUUUACAGGUGUACCUUUUCUCUUAAAUGCAAAUCAGAAUAGAUGUUUGCACAAGGCCUGCAUGAGUCAUCCCUAGUUCAGUAGCCUGGCCUUAUUUGCAUUAAACACCAGUUGCAGUUCCUUCUGGUUAUUCUCUGCAAAUAACUCUUAAACCUGGGUAAGCUGCAAAAUUAAAUCAAAUUAAAUUAAACUUUAAAACAGCACGCUUAACCUUUGGGUAAUUAGAAGAGAGAAAAGAAAACAUGGUCAUUUAGGUCUUAUUUAUAUAACUUGUUAUGAAAGGUAACCACAGUUUUUCCUUUUGUGCACAGAGUCGUUGGCAAAGGUGGAUUCAGAAUUUAAAGACAUCAAGUAACAAAUUUGCAGUACCUGACUGUGAAGCCUCUGUUUGUUGGAAUUAAGGAAUUUGAAAAGCCCUCUGCAAUGUUAAAGCUACACAUUAAAGCCAUAUAUUAGUUAGCUGGGGCUGCUGUAACAAGGUACCACACACAGAGCAGCUUGAAGAACAGAAGUUUAUUGUAUCACAAAUCUGGAAGCCCAGAAGUUCAAGAUCAAGGUUUUAAAGGACCAUCUUCCCUGUGAGGGUGCUGGGGAAGGAUCUGUUUCAGGAUUCUCUCCUAGUUUCUGGGAGUUCCUUGGCUUGUGGCAGCAUGUCUCCAAGGGAUUUUAUUCCUGUUACCCCUUGUAUGUCCUUGGGCAAAGAACUUAACCUCUCAGUUAGGUUUCUUUUUUUUUUUUUGGAUUUCUAAAAAUCUUUAUUGAGGAUUAAUAUUAGAAAUUUGCAAUACAGUCUCACGGAUUUUUGACUUUGUUUCUGGGCUAUUAAUGAUUUUAUAUAAGACACUAUUUGUAAUUUCAGAACAAAUAAUAUGGUCACAUUUCUUGUUCCUAAUAAAUUGGUACUACUUGAGAUCAAUGGAUGAUUGAAAGGCAACGGCAACAAAAGCCAAAAUAGACAAAUGGGAUCUAAUUAAACUGAAGAGCUUCUGCACAGCAAAAGAAACUACCAUCAGAGUGAACAGGCCACCUACAGAAUGGAAGAAAAUUUUUGCAAUCUACUCAGUUAGGUUUCUUUAUCUGUAGAAUGGGGUUAAUAAUUCGAUCCUCAACAAACAAACUAAGCUAAUGCGAAUACAUAGUGCAGAGCCUGAUGCAUAGAACACAUAGCUCUCUGUAAACACACGCACCGUCAUCCUAGGAAAACUUCCUGGGAAGUUUCAGAAGCCUUACAUCAGAAGUCUUACCAUGGGUCCUUAAACUGAUCAGAUUUGUAGGAGAAGCUUGGACACACUCCUUUCAUUUGACCUGUUCAGACUCUGAAAGCCAGAACAGGUAGAAUUGCUGACUGUUGGUAGGAAGCUCUGUAGAUAUUUCAAGCCAAAUGCAAAUAUUUCCAAGGGACCUAUAAAAUAUUAACCAUAUGUUUGUAGUAGAAUCUUGGUCAAAAACUUAGGAUGUGAACUCUGCUGCCUUGGAAGAGUUUGUAAUCUAAGUUGAGAACUCUAACCUGACUUGAAAUACAGCACAAGAGACAGUGAUUAAAUAUCUCAGACCCAGAAUUUGUAAAGGUGUUAACCUUCGGAUGGAAUGAGAAGUAAGACUCUGUUGACCAGUCUUAGAUGUUCAGGAAACCAUGGUAGUAUCUAGAAAAGAUACCAACAGGUAGUUCCAAUUUGCCGGCAGAAUGAGUACAGAAAGAGACUCAGAAACGACAUUUGAUGAGGAUUCUCAGCCUAAUGAUGAAGUGGUUCCCUAUAGUGAUGAUGAAACAGAAGAUGAACUUGAUGACCAGGGGUCUACUGUUGAACCAGAACAAAACCGAGUCAACAGGGAAGCGGAGGAGAACCAGGAGCCAUUCAGAAAAGAAUGUACAUGGCAAGUCAAAGCAAAUGAUCGCAAGUACCAUGAACAACCUCACUUUAUGAACACAAAGUUCUUUUGUAUUAAGAAGAGUAAAUAUGCGAAUAAUGCAAUUAAAACAUACAAGUACAACGUACUUACCUUUAUACCAAUGAAUCUGUUUGAGCAAUUUAAGAGAGCAGCCAAUUUAUAUUUCCUGGUUCUUCUUAUCUUACAGGCAAUUCCUCAAAUCUCUACCCUGGCUUGGUACACCACACUAGUGCCCCUGCUUCUGGUGCUGGGCGUCACCGCAAUCAAAGACCUGGUGGACGAUGUGGCUCGCCAUAAAAUGGAUAAGGAAAUCAACAAUAGGACGUGUGAAGUCAUUAAGGAUGGCAGGUUCAAAGUUGCCAAAUGGAAAGACAUUCAAGUUGGAGACGUCAUUCGUCUGAAAAAAAAUGAUUUUGUUCCAGCUGACAUUCUCCUGCUGUCUAGCUCUGAGCCUAACAGCCUCUGCUAUGUGGAAACAGCAGAACUGGAUGGAGAAACCAAUUUAAAAUUUAAGAUGUCACUUGAAAUCACAGACCAGUACCUCCAAAGAGAAGAUACAUUGGCAACAUUUGAUGGUUUUGUUGAAUGUGAAGAACCCAAUAACCGACUAGAUAAGUUUACGGGAACACUAUUUUGGAGAAACACAAGUUUUCCUUUGGAUGCUGAUAAAAUUUUGUUACGUGGCUGUGUAAUUAGGAACACCGAUUUCUGCCAUGGCUUAGUCAUUUUUGCAGGUGCUGACACUAAAAUAAUGAAGAAUAGUGGGAAAACCAGAUUUAAAAGAACUAAAAUUGAUUACUUGAUGAACUACAUGGUUUACACGAUCUUUGUUGUUCUUAGUCUGCUUUCUGCUGGUCUUGCCAUCGGCCAUGCUUAUUGGGAAGCACAGGUGGGCAAUUACUCUUGGUACCUCUAUGAUGGAAAAGACGAUACACCCUCCUACCGUGGAUUCCUCAAUUUCUGGGGCUAUAUCAUUGUUCUCAAUACCAUGGUACCCAUCUCUCUCUAUGUCAGCGUGGAAGUGAUUCGUCUUGGACAGAGUCACUUCAUCAACUGGGACCUGCAAAUGUACUAUGCUGAGAAGGACACACCUGCAAAAGCUAGAACCACCACACUCAAUGAACAGCUCGGGCAGAUCCAUUAUAUCUUCUCUGAUAAGACGGGGACACUCACACAAAAUAUCAUGACCUUUAAAAAGUGCUGUAUCAACGGGCAGAUAUACGGGGACCAUCGGGAUGCCUCUCAACACAACCAUAACAAAAUAGAGCAAGUUGAUUUUAGCUGGAAUACAUAUGCUGAUGGGAAGCUUGCAUUUUAUGACCACUAUCUUAUUGAGCAAAUCCAGUCGGGGAAAGAGCCAGAAGUACGACAGUUCUUCUUCUUGCUCGCAGUUUGCCACACGGUCAUGGUAGAUAGGACUGAUGGUCAGCUCAACUACCAGGCAGCCUCUCCAGAUGAAGGUGCUCUGGUAAACGCUGCCAGGAACUUCGGCUUUGCCUUCCUCGCCAGGACCCAGAACACCAUCACCAUCAGUGAGCUGGGCACUGAAAGGACUUACAAUGUUCUUGCCAUUUUGGACUUCAACAGUGACCGGAAACGAAUGUCUAUCAUUGUAAGAACCCCAGAAGGCAAUAUCAGGCUUUACUGUAAAGGUGCUGACACAGUUAUUUAUGAACGGUUACAUCGAAUGAAUCCUACUAAGCAAGAAACACAGGAUGCCCUGGAUAUCUUUGCAAAUGAAACUCUUAGAACCCUAUGCCUUUGCUACAAGGAAAUUGAAGAAAAAGAAUUUGCACAAUGGAAUAAAAAGUUUAUGGCUGCCAGUGUGGCCUCCACCAACCGGGACGAAGCUCUGGAUAAAGUAUAUGAGGAGAUUGAAAAAGACUUAAUUCUCCUGGGAGCUACAGCUAUUGAAGACAAGCUACAGGAUGGAGUUCCAGAAACCAUUUCAAAACUUGCAAAAGCUGACAUUAAGAUCUGGGUGCUUACUGGAGACAAAAAGGAAACUGCUGAAAAUAUAGGAUUUGCUUGUGAACUUCUGACUGAAGACACCACCAUCUGCUAUGGGGAAGAUAUUAACUUUAAAUCAGAGUCGCAGCAGACCUGGAAAUGUAUGAUGAAAAAGCCAUGUCUUAAUGAAAUUCUUCUCGAGAAAAAGACCAAGAGAAGUAAGAUUCUGAAGCUGAAGUUCCCAAGAACAGAAGAAGAAAGACGGAUGCGGACCCAAAGUAAAAGGAGGCUAGAAGCUAAGAAAGAGCAGCGGCAGAAAAACUUUGUGGACCUGGCCUGCGAGUGCAGCGCAGUCAUCUGCUGCCGCGUCACCCCCAAGCAGAAGGCCAUGGUGGUGGACCUGGUGAAGAGGUACAAGAAAGCCAUCACGCUGGCCAUCGGAGAUGGGGCCAAUGAUGUGAACAUGAUCAAAACUGCCCACAUUGGCGUUGGAAUAAGUGGACAAGAAGGAAUGCAAGCUGUCAUGUCGAGUGACUAUUCCUUUGCUCAGUUCCGCUAUCUGCAGAGGCUACUGCUGGUGCAUGGCCGGUGGUCUUACAUAAGGAUGUGCAAGUUCCUACGAUACUUCUUUUACAAAAACUUUGCCUUUACUUUGGUUCAUUUCUGGUACUCCUUCUUCAAUGGCUACUCUGCACAGACUGCAUACGAGGACUGGUUCAUCACUCUCUACAAUGUGCUAUACUCCAGCCUGCCCGUGCUCCUCAUGGGACUGCUUGACCAGGAUGUGAGUGACAAACUGAGCCUCCGAUUCCCUGGGUUAUACAUAGUGGGACAAAGAGACUUACUAUUCAACUACAAGAGAUUCUUCAUAAGCUUGUUGCAUGGGGUCCUAACAUCGAUGAUCCUCUUCUUCAUACCCCUUGGAGCUUAUCUGCAAACCGUAGGGCAGGAUGGAGAGGCACCUUCUGACUACCAGUCUUUUGCUGUCACCAUUGCCUCUGCUCUUGUAAUAACAGUCAAUUUCCAGAUUGGCUUGGAUACUUCUUACUGGACUUUUGUGAAUGCUUUUUCAAUUUUUGGAAGCAUUGCACUUUAUUUUGGCAUCAUGUUUGACUUUCAUAGUGCUGGAAUACAUGUUCUCUUUCCAUCUAUAUUUCAAUUUACAGGCACAGCUUCAAACGCUCUGAGACAGCCAUACAUUUGGUUAACUAUAAUCCUGACCGUUGCCGUGUGCUUACUGCCCGUCGUUGCCAUCAGAUUCCUGUCAAUGACCAUUUGGCCAUCAGAAAGUGAUAAGAUCCAGAAGCAUCGCAAGCGGUUGAAGGCGGAGGAGCAGUGGCAGCGGCGGCAGCAGGUGUUCCGCCGGGGCGUGUCAUCGCGGCGCUCGGCCUACGCCUUCUCGCACCAGCGGGGCUACGCGGACCUCAUCUCCUCCGGGCGCAGCAUCCGCAAGAAGCGCUCGCCGCUUGAUGCCAUCGUGGCCGAUGGCACCGCGGAGUACAGGCGCACCGGGGACAGCUGAUCCCUCACCCCCAGGCCGGGACGCGGCCACAGAGCACGUCUAUUUUUUUAUGAAAGAUUCUCAGGACUUCGUGUGUGUGUGUGUGUGUGAAUUGCAUUCGUCACAAAGAUAUUGAAGACAAUAAAUAACCUUUAUAACAAA